AUGAGCGAUAACGCAGAGUACAAGGAGGCAUUCGCGCUCUUCGACAAGCGCGGCACUGGCGCCGUUCCCCGCGAAACCCUGGGCGACCUCCUCCGCGCAGUCGGCCAAAACCCGACCCAAGCAGAAGUGAGCGAUCUCGUCAACUCGGCACCACGCGAAGUCGACUACAAGACCUUCCUCACCAUCCUGAACCGUCCAGAUGGCUUCAAACCAGCCGGCACACCAGAGGAGUUCAUCCGCGGCUUCCAAGUAUUCGACAAAGAAGGCAAUGGCUUCAUCGGCGUCGGCGAGCUGCGCUACGUGCUCACGCAACUCGGCGAGAAGAUGUCAGACGAGGAGGUUGACGAGUUGCUCAAGGGUGUCCAGGUUGGCGCCGAUGGCAACAUCAACUACGAAUCCUUCGUGCGCACCAUUCUCAGCCAGUAG